AAUUGACGGGCACAUUUCAAAAGAUACUUUAUUUACUUCAAAGCAAUAUUGUUCAUUGUUAAUUACUAUCAUUAUUAUUAUUAUUAUUAUUAAUCAUUAUGGCUUAUUCAGGUUAUUCAACAGAUAAUUCUGAUUCAGAUCAAACGAAUUCAUAUCCACUUAAAGAAAAAUCAAAAUUGAAAAAACGUAUUCGACGAAAUCAUCAUCGUAAACGUUUUGGACGAAUGGCUAAAUCAUGGAAAUUUAUAAAAUUGCGAAAAUUAUGGGAAAGAGAUAUGGCUAAACAAAGAAGUAUAUCAGCACCUUUUGUUCCAAUUAAAGCCAAUAAUAAAUGUGAAUCUAUGACAGCCAGUUUACUUUUCAUGUUUGCUAUAACACAGUGUAUAUUUGGAUUUGUAUUACCGAUAUGUGAUUCAUUUGGUAUGAAAGGAUCUAAACUUUACUAUGAAGCAGAUCAUAAGUAUUAUUUGGAAAUAUUUCUAAUUUCUCAGUAUUGUGGAGCAUUACUUGUAUUAGCUUAUUUACAAUAUUUAAUUUAUAGUGGAACUAAAAAACAGUUAAAACAAGCCCUUAUUCAUGAAAUUUAUAAAUCUAAAACUGGUCGUCAAUUAGUUGAUGAUAAACAUAUGAUAAUUAAUGAACAUCAUGAAUUAAGUGAACCAAAUAUAUUGAUAAAAUCAGAUUAUACAAAUAAUUCCUCACCAGUUAGCCCAAUUGAUAAACCAUCUGAUAUUGAAUCAACAACAAGUGAACGACAACUGACACGAUUAAUUCGCCUUUACAAUGAUAAUAAUAAUAAUAAUCAAGAGAAACCUUAUAUAUCAAUACAUCCGGAAGGAAUGAAUUUAUAUAUGCGACUUGGAGCAGUUGGUUUCGGUUUAGGAGUAAUGAUUCAUGAUGGUUUCAAUUUGUCUUCAGUAUGGGAAGUCCGUGAUUCAGUAUGUCACAGUAAACUUUGGAUACCAAAACAUAUAAUAAGAAUAGUUUGGGUACUUUGGCAAACAUAUUUUGUGUUCAAAUAUCAUAGAGUUAUAUUACACCGUCAUCGAGUAACAGUACGUUUGUCUUGUAUACAUUUGGCUACAAUAAAUUUUUGUCAUUGGCUUAAAGUUGUAGUUAGUGAAGUGGCGUUAAGUUUAAAAACACCAGUUUCUCAUUCAUCAACAGUUCAUUCACAUCACAUUUCAAAUCUUGUCAUUGAAAAGCAUAAUAUGACUCAUAUUUCAUUGAAUCCUUACAAUGGAAAUUAUACUCAAAAUAAUCACUAUACCAAAGGUGAUACAUUGGCCGGAACAAUAAAUCAACAUAACAAUAAUAAUAUCUCUAAACUAUGCCUUGGUUAUUUGGGUGUUACACUUGAUCCAUUUUUAUUUCCAUUAGCUAUUGAAUAUAGUUUAAUAACUGGAUCAUUCUUUUAUAAAAUGUUACAACGUUUAGAUCAAACAUUUCCAAAAUCAUUUAAUCGUACAUCAAAUGAUAGUGAUUGUCUUGCGUUGAAUUCAUCAAGUUUAUUUAGUCCAUCACCGACAUCAAUCUCUAAUAGUAUAAAUAAAAGUGAAUUUGAUAAAUUCUUUGAUGAUAUUUCAGAACAACAACAACAAUAUCAUCCAGAAUGUACAAAACACAUGUCAUAUAGACCAGUAAUGGGAUGUAAAGUAUUUCUUCCAUUAUUGAAAAAGAAUAAAUUACCAAUAUUAAAUGAAGAUUACACAGCACCUAUAGUUGAAGACAAUAAAGAAAUAUCUGAUAAUAAUGAUAAUGAACAUGAAAAAUCAAUAAAAUUUAAUACAGAACAUCAAUGUCAUCGUUCUCAUACUGGUUUAUUUUUAGGUAUUAUGUUAUUAAUAGGUAGUAUUGUAUGUAUGGUAUUAUUUAUAAUACGUGGACGUAAUGGUUAUAAACAAUUUGCUGCAUAUAUUUAUCAAAAAUCUAAAUUAACUUUAUCAACAAUUAGUUUAUUAGCAUGUAUUAUAGCAAUUAAACAAACAAAUCAAUUAAAAUUUCAUCGUUUAAAACAUGGUGAAAAUUUUGAAUAUAAUUUAUUAACUAUUGGUUUAAUUGCUAUAUUAUAUAUUAUUAAAUGUACAUUAGAAAUAUGUCAAGCAUUAAUACAAUUUUUUUUUAUUGUUGAAACAUCAAGACGUAAAGUAUGUUGUAUUAAUCAAUCAAGAAUAAAACCAGGUCGUUCAAUUAUUGUCUUUUUAUUAAUAUGUAAUUUAGCAUUAUGGUUAAUUAAUACAUUUGAAGUAAGAAGUGCUGAAACACAAUUACCAUUAUAUAGACAAUAUUUUGGUGUACGUACAUGGUCUGUGAUUACAUAUUGUUUUAUACCAUUAAUUAUAUUUUUUCGUUUUCAUUCAACUGUAUGCUUAGCUGAAUUAUGGACAAAAUUAUAUACAUUAAGGUAAAUUGAUUACUUUCUCUUUCUCUCUCUCUUUUUUUAUCUCUAUCUGUGCAUCUCCCUUACACACACACACAUACA